GGGGAGGGCAAUGAAAAGAAAGGAAUAGGGAGGAGGGGGAGGAGGGGCCAGAUGGGGAGCGCUUCUGGCAGCUUACCGGACGCAGCCAGCUUUGGGCAGCGACGUGCUAAGGCGCCGUCCCGAAAAAGCUGCGUCCACAAGACUUGCCUGGACACCACGACUGAAAAAUCCCCACACUUGUUCCCCGCCAUCGUGCCGAAUGCUGACGGGUCCCGCGCGGGCGACGGCGGUGGCCGACCUCGCCCCAGAGCGCACCUACAAACCGCGAAAGCCAGGGGCCGCGAGCCCACCGCUCGCAGCCUGCAGCUGGCCUGGGCCUCAAAGACAACGCCCGCUGCCCACCACGGGUGACCGCUGGGGCUCACCAAGGCAUUACCCAAGGCAGGGGCGUGUGCGGUUCGCCGCGGUGCUCCGGCCCACCGCUGGCAGGAGCCGCCAUCGCCCGCACCGCCGCUGGCCUCCGGCGGGCCCGCCGCCGAGGGCGAGAUGUCGACCCCUCGGCUCGCCAAAGGCGGGGCCCCUUGCUGGCACACCCGGGGCACACGCCGGCUUCCCGCCGUGACCUUGGCGCGGGUUUCGGACCGCGAUCGGCGGGCGGGGCGCCCCGCGGCGCGCGCGCGCGCUGCCGUGCGCGCGCUCGUCGCGCGGCGGGGGUCGCGCGCCAAGCGCCGCCGAGCCCGGGCCUCCGGGAGGCGGAGGCGGCGGGUCAGGCCGCGGGUGGGCGAGCCUGAUACGGCGGGGCUGGCGGCAGUGAUCUGCUGGACCCCCGUGUGCGUCAACCAGGAGGAGGGGGCGAGGGAGAGGAACCCACACCCAGACCCCCGCACGCUGACUUACAAAAUCACAUCAGCGGGUGUCAAGGAGGAGGAGAAGGAGGAAGAGGAAAUGGCGCUGAGACUCAGUCCCCGGAAGCUCAAGCAGCCGAAACUCGGCCGACACUUGGGAGAGCCAGUCGCUGGAGCUCGUGCUCCUGCGAGGGCGCGGGUCCAGCUGGAUGCUCCCUCGAGCACCGCUGCACAUCUGCGGAUCGUCUACGAGAAAGGGGACCUCGGGCCGAGAAGGGAGGCGACCUACAGGGCCCCUGGAUAGGGCGCCGGGAGGGAGGGGAUGAAGGAGCAGGAAGGGGGAUCGAGGACCUGAGGGUGACGGUCGAGGAUCUGAAGCUCAGAGCGUGUGCUCGGCGAGAUCUGCCUGGCUGGCCUCGGUCGGGGGCCUUUGUCGGCGGCCCCGCGGCGGGGACGCGGCAGGGAGCAGUGUGGCCCGGCUCGUCCCUGCAGCGAUGGCGGGGGGUCGAGGCCGACGUGCUCUUUG